CAAAACCUGGAGCAGGCUGCAGUGCAGUCGCAAAGUUGUGGUUUCUACACUGUAGACAUUUAAACACUGUAGAGUUUUAAAUGUUUCCAGUGUUAUAGCGACUACUACUACUACCACCUUUUUCUUCAUUCGAAUAUGCCACGUUGCGCGGCCAAAAGAUGCCCCAAUUCUGCAGAUGGAUGCCCGACGAAGAAACGCACAUUUCGGUUCCCUCUCAAUGACCAAGGGAGAUUGAAGCAGUGGAUCCAAUAUAUAAAUAGGCAAGAAGGCUGGACACCAUCAAAACAUUCUCGACUGUGCUCCAUUCACUUCUCACCUGACUGUUUCAUCCACAAAGGAAAUGCAACUUCCCUUACUUCUGAAGCUAUACCAACGCUCUCGUACCCAAGCAUGUACGAUGUAUCCAAUCCGAAGUAUACACAAAAAAGAAAGGAAGAGCAACCAAUUGUUAGAACAACUGUCGUAACUGCCAGGACUGUUUUCUUCAAGGUAGCUGAUCCCAAAGAUGUCAGUCAUGACCAUCUAUACGGAAUCCCUGCCCCUGCCAAUACAACAAUGGCCGAGAUGGAUGUCUCCAGUCCUUUAAAAAUAGCUGAAGAUGAAGUCCCCAGUGUAGCGGCGACAGUUGAGGUGAGCUGUACUGUUCCACAGCCAUCUGAGGAUGAUGAUGUGUUCACUGGUGAUGAACCGACGAUAUGCAAGGACGACGUAGAGGACAGUGCAACAAUGACUGAGAGAAAUCCACCCUCCUGCAGGCAAUCCACAUACCAUGCUAUUUCUGGACAAUCAAAGAAAAACGGUCGCAGAAAGGAAAGGCCGAUCAAGGAAAAACUGGAGCGUCAGAGCAAGCGAAUUAGAAGACUGAAAGGAGAUGUGAAAGAUCUUUGGGCUAUUGUCUGUGAACUGAAAGAGAAGCUUUACAUCUCCUCUAGCUGUGACGUGCUGGGCACCGCACGCGGAAAACUGGCUAGGGAAAUUCUCCUCAGGACCAGGGCCUGUGAGAGAAAAGCCCCACUGUCUGAUGAUUUGAUGAUGUUCGCCAUGAGGCUUCAUCAGCACUCCACAGCAGCUUACGAUUUUGUCCGAGCCAACUUUGAUCACGUUCUUCCAAACUCUUCAACAUUAGUUGAACUUGAACUUAAAGCACUGAAGGUUGCCUCUCUAUCUCACAAUGUCAAUGGCAGUCAUUGAUUAUUUUCUGUUGAGAGUUUGUAUCGGGUUCUAAAGAUGCUCCUUUUCUAUGGGGGUGUUUUUAGUUAUUUGUUUUUUUAGUUUGUUUUGUUUUGUUUUUUGAAAAUGAAACCAACUACUGUUCAGUUAUUAAACCUCAGAAAUCUUUAUGUAAUUUGGAAUCGGUCUUAUUUUGUAGAGAAAUUGCACAGUCCUUUGCAAUUGCCCGAUUUGUGCUGCCCUUACGUAAGGGCACAUGUUAACAACAAUACCAUAACUGUCAAAUAGGUUGCUGAUUUCAUGUCAAUAGUUGCAUCCUUAUAAAGACAUCACUGGGAGGAAAAAGGUUGCACAUGCACACGCUUUGAUUUUUAAAAAAUAUUUCGGCCAAAAUUGGUCAUGAAAUAUGGCGCCUUCUCAAUGCCCAGUGCUCUUGCCUUGCUAGGGCAUGAAACGCCCAGUGAUUGGAUACUCUUCGGUGAACGUCGCGAAGUAUCAAAUCACUAGGCGUUUCACGUCCUAGCAAGGCUAGAACACUUGACAUCGACAUGAUCCCAUGGUCUGAUCUUCGCAAUAAGCACAAGAGGGAACAAACAGUGUCUAUUAUCUCACUUGAUGCCAGUAACACUUGAGCGUGUUAUUUCGGUCCUCAUGUUCAGUACCAAUGAUGCCGAAGCGUGUCAAUCCACAUGCCACCAUCACUGUUAACAUGUCUACAAUACAAAAAAAAACAAUGGGAUUCAUGCGACAACUGCAUGAAGGAAGCCAUUGCUGUGUAAAAAAAAUGCUGCACCGUUGAGGUUUAUGAAAAGAAGCAUUUAUUUGCUUGACAGAUACAAGUAAAAUAUUCUGUUGACCAAAUUCCUGACAUAGCCUAAACCCACUUGAGCUGAUAGUAAGGCAUGACCUUAAGAGGUCUGUUCAUUUCAUCCCAGGAACCUUGCUGAAGUGCAGUAGUUUUGUAUAGAAGAGGAAUGGUAUGAGAUUCAUCCUGAUUGUUUAGCCAAUCUGAUCUGCAAACAUCUGUUUAAGUUAUUGCUAAGUUAUUGUGUGUGUGUCUGUGAGAGAGAUUAUUGUCCAUUUCUGAUUUUUAUGUUUUAGUUUAACUGCACAUUGGAGACUGGUCAAACGUAAUUUCAGACUUAUGUGCUAACCCAGUUACAUUGAUUUUUGACAAUAAAGUACGCUUGACUUGACUUGACUAAGGAGGGUGAAUCACAUAUUGA